UGCAUUUCCUUCCCAAUUUCUGUGAAGACGUCAAAUUCAACCGUAAUUUAGGGUUUCCACCCCACCUCUCCUCGGAUUCAUAAUUAAAUCAUAUUUAUCGAACCUUUCGAAAAGUUGGUUUCUUUGAUGGAGAUUUAUACAAGCUUCAAUUUUGACGAGUAAUUGAUCCAAUUAUGCCUUAAUUAGAUGCAACUGAAUUGAAAUGAGUCAUUUUCUCUUUAGAUGCAAAAACUAUUCAGGACAUGGAAUUCAUCUUUCCAGAUUUUGGACAUGACACUGCUGGAAUGAAAGUUAUUUGUUCUUGAUAUUGAUCUCUUGCUCAAUUUUGAGGAUUUGGUGUUAUGGAUUUCGAAAGCGAAUGUUCUGCACUUGAAUCCGUCGAAGAUAAUGGAGUAGAAGUGGCCACCACUGAAACUGUAUCUCAUGGUGAUGAUGGUAAUGUCAGGGAUAUUAUGUCGCAUGUAAAUGAGGCUGAGGAGUUGGGUGCUGGUGAAAGUUUUGAUGGCAAUAGAUUGUUGACACCAUCUAAUGUGCUAGUUGAGGGUGUUGGUGAUGGUGUUGAGAAUGCCAUUAGUUCUCCACGGUCGGGGUCAAAUUCGCUUGGUGGCACUUCCCCUGCUACAACAAAAGGGUAUGGUUUGAAGAAAUGGAGGCGAAUUAGGAGAGAUGUAGUUAAGGAUGCCAAUGGUGCCAGUAUGGAUAGCAGUAAAGCUUUGAAGCGGGGCUUGCCUGGUUUUGGAAAUUCUUCUGAACCUCUGAACAUUACAUCGGUUGAUAUCAAACAAAAUAGUGAUGGUUCUGUUAGACCGACAAACAUGUUAAAAAAUGUCAGUGUUCAUGAUGGCUUUGUGAUCCAUGGAUCAAGUAUGGAUUCUAGGUUGGCACUGGGUUCUGCAUUUGCGGCAGGUACAGAUUCAGAGAAUAGUGAGGACCGGAGUAGCAAAUCCUCCACAGCAGCCAGUGCUCCAAGGGGCAGGUAUGAACUUCCUGCAAUGUUGGGGUUUGCACGGGAGAAGAAUAAGAUUAAGAACGUAAGUGGGAAGGGUUCAGGUACUUCACCUCAAAGGGGUCAGCAGGGGAAGGGACGGGUUGAAAGUAGUAAAAAGCAUAGAGGAGAAAGGAUCAAAAUCGAGAAGCAAAACUCUCAUUCUAGCAUGGAAUCUGACUCAAGAAGCUCCAACUUUGUCUUUAUGCAGGGUGCAUUUUCUGUAACCAGUAACGGAACACAAAGCAGGUCAAUGAAUUAUGAUGGAGAAAAUAGUGAUGAAGCUAAUGCAAGUGAGCUGCUGUUCAGCAAGAAAGUUCAGACCAGUUACAACAAUAGUAAUGUGGGGGAAGUUGACCUCUCGCCAGAUGAUGUAGCCACAGGCUCAUCUUGGGCAGAUAUGGGGGAAGAGGGUGAGAAUCACCAGCCUGCAACAGAUCAGGAUCCCUUGGUCGAGUCUGUUCUUGGUCUGCAAUCCGUGCAAGAAGCCCUUGAAAAUGAGAUACGGAAAUUUGUCGAAAUUGGAAACUAUGGCAGCAUACCUGUAGAGUCCACCAUCAUUGAUCCAGAUGUCCAUGAAUCAAGUUCACAUGACCAGUUCAAUACUGUAAAGAUGAGGCAAAGUGCUUCAAGUUCCUCCGAAACUCAGAUAUUAAGUUUGACACAAACUGUGAAGUAUUUGGAGAACAAACUGGACGAGACAAAGGCUAUGUUGGAGGUGAAGGAGUCCAGGGUUGCUCAACUUGAAGUCAUCUUAAAGAGUGCUGAGUUUCCUGCAGAACAAUUGGGAAGCACCAUACUGCUGCAGCAGAAAGAGAGAGAGAGUGAGCUUGAGGGUCUCCUCAAGCAAAAGAUUGAAGCUGAGAUUGAAUAUCUGACUAUAACAAGUGCAGUAAAGAAGUUGAGAGCUGCUGCAGGUGAUCAACUCAUGCUCUUUGAGAAACAAGAAUCUCUUGCUGGUGAGCAAGAACAAAUGCUGAACAAACUUGGGGAAGCUGAAAGCAAAGCAACAAUGCUAAAGAAACAAGCUGAAGAGCUGGAAAAAAGUUGUGAAGAUAUUCGGGGGACUGAAGAGGUUUUAAAUAUGCAGAUGAGGGUCUGUAGGGUUUCUUCUUGUUUUCUAAUACAGCUCAUGUUACUGUUGGUAGCCUUCUGGGUGUUGGUCUUGCAGUUAGUUCCCCAUUCUGGGAGCGCUAUACCAACCUAAGUCUUUGAAGAAUAGGUCUUUCUUGUGUAGUAUCAACAAAUCUAGGAAAAAUAUUCGAAUAUUAAAUUUCAUCGACGGUAACAAGUUAAGAGUUCUUUUUCUUAAUGUUUUAGGGUGAGAGUAUGAUUUUGCGCAUUUGUACCUCAUUUGUCAUAGUAUUUCUUUCCGCUGGAUUAAACAAGAUGACGACUUUCUUUGGA